AUGGCACCCAAGAAGGCAAAGAGGAGGCAGCAGCAGGGUGAGGGUGGAUCCUCCAAUGUGUUCUCCAUGUUUGAGCAGAGCCAGAUUCAGGAGUACAAGGAGGCUUUCACAAUCAUUGACCAGAACAGAGAUGGCAUCAUCAGCAAGGACGAUCUCAGGGACGUGCUGGCCACCAUGGGACAGUUGAACGUGAAGAAUGAGGAGCUGGAGGCCAUGGUGAAGGAGGCUAGCGGCCCCAUCAACUUCACCGUCUUCCUGACCAUGUUCGGCGAGAAGCUGAAGGGUGCUGAUCCCGAGGACGUUAUCGUGAGCGCUUUCAAGGUCCUGGACCCUGAGGCCACAGGCUUCAUCAAGAAGGAAUUGCUUGAUGAGCUCCUGACCACCCAGUGCGACAGGUUCACCCCCGAGGAGAUGACCAACCUGUGGGCCGCUUUCCCCCCGGAUGUGGCUGGCAACGUGGACUACAAGAACAUCUGCUACGUCAUCACUCACGGAGAGGAGAAGGAGGAAGAGUAA